AUGUCUGACGAACCGAAGACAGCGGAUACACCUCCUCAGGAUUUGUUCUGGACCACAUACCUGAAGGAUGCCGAAGAAGAGGAUAAAUACCUCCCGAAAAGUUGGGAAGCGAAUACGGGCAGCGUCUUGACCUUCACUGGUCUCUUCGCCGCAACUGUAGCGGCGUUCAUCAUAGAAAACUACAAAUCAUUAUCCCCAGAUUCGGGCGACCAAACUGUGGCGCUUCUUACCCAACUCCUCGCCGUAGCGGCGAAUGCUUCGAACCAUGCUCCAAUUGAUGCAGCACAUGCCAUUGCCGUUGUUGAGCCCUUCAAGGCGCCGCCUACAGCCGUUGUCGUGAACGUCCUAUGGUUCUCCAGCCUGCUUAUUGCGCUAAUGUGCGCGCUACUAUCUACUCUGAUACAAGAGUGGUCGCGCGAUUACGUUCGGGAUAUAAAUCGGCGGCGCACUCUCGGCGAGAGUACGCGCAAUCGUGCUUUCAAUCACAUCUACAUCCGCCUCGGCGUAGACCGCUACGGAAUGGACAGAGUUGUCUAUUGGAUCAUAGUGUUGGUGCACUUGGCCGUCUUUCUCUUCAUCGGGGGCCUCGCGGUGUUUUUAUUUCCUAUCAAUGAUGUUGUUGCCGGAACAACGACCGGCGUGCUCGGUUCUUUCUUGUUACUGUACCUCGCAGCGAGUGUCUCACCGCUCAUCGAUCCGAGCAGCCCUUAUCGGACCCCCGCUACCUAUCUAUUUGCGGCGCUCUACUUUCCUUUCAUGACGACUUUCAGAUCCUUGUCUGAUUGCACAGCACGCUCGUCUCUGAACGUGCAGUCGGGUAUCGUAUCUCAAUUGGGCACGCCCGCAAACACGCGCAACACGCGCGCUUUUCGUGACCUCAUCUCACGCACCGUUCCUAGCGGGCAUUGCACUCUAUCAUAG